AUGGCGACCAAGCUUCUUUCGCAGUCGGCACCGCCGCCCGCCGCCCGCUGCUCGAACCGCACAAACAGGCUUGCAGGCGGCGAUGUUCUCGCGCUCGCUCGCGCUUCCCACAGCACAUCAGUCAAUUCCGAGCUCUCACACCCAAGGCUCAUCUCAGCCCGCACCUCUGGCCGCACUCUGUCCUCUACUCCGUGGGUCACGGACUCGACAGCUCGCUGCUCCUCGAGGCUUGAGGGUGCUGCUGCCUGGCGCGGUGCCGCUGUUCGCGGGUUGUCAGGCCUCGACUUGGAAAUUCGCAAUUCCACCACUUUUGCAAAGGCUCUUUCCGGGUCAUGUGAUAAUCGACACGAAUCCGAUCAGGGCAGGACCCUUCUGGCAUCUACAAUGCCGUCCAACGUGCGCCCUCUGACGGGCAAAGGCAAGCCGCAGCUGGCAGACACACGCGUGCAGACCGCGGGGCGCAUCCUCACCUACUUUUCGGCGGCCUACAUUGCGAUCACGUUCCUCUGCUCGCUCGCGCCUGCCGACCCAUCUCGGGGCGUGUCGAGCAACGGGCCGCGGCGCGGCUACCACACGACACGCUCUGGGCGGUGCGAUCCGUUCAGCAUCCCGGGAUGGGUGGACUGGUCGAUUGGGACCAACGAGCUGCCCGCCUGGCGCACGUUCGAUCCGUCGUGCUCGACCACGAAUCUGCUCGGCACGCUCAUCUCGACGCUCAACAUCCAGCACGAGGAUCCGAGCAAGAUCGCGCCGCACGCGGUGCACAAGCUCGACUCCAGCAGCAGUGUCGAGGAGCUCGGGGCGUUUUUGACCAACCGCACGGUGCUCAUGAUCGGUGACCAUCAGGUGGACAAGGCGCUGGUCGAGCAUCUGUGCGCGCUGACGGGACACACAAUACAGGCGGUGGACAAGAACCAUCCGUGGGGAGGAAGCAUCAACGCGGUUCCGCCCAAGCACGGCUUUACGCCCGUGAAGAACAACGCGCCCCUGGCGCAUUACUGCUACUUGCCGGAGUACGACUUUCUGGUGACGUCGAUCUAUGCGUAUGGGGCGGAUACGUUCGAUUCGUGGCGGGGCGAGGAGCUUUACAACGCGCCGGGGUUGUUUGAGGAUCGGGUGACGGAUCUGUAUGUGCCGUACAUGCGCGACAUGGCGUCACGGACACACACUUCGCCCGCACUGCCCCUGCCGCGCGCACGCGCCGAACCGGACCUGGUCAUCUUCAACUCGGGGCUGUGGGAUCUGGCUCGGUGGGCGCGGUUUGACAUCGACACGGGUGUUGGGUUGCUGGAGAAUCUGUCCGAGGAACGCAUCAUGUGGUGGCGGUCCCGGAUGGUGGAUAUGCUCGGCAGCGUACGUCGGGCAUGGCGCCGUCCUCGCAUCGUAUGGAGGGACACAGCCUACCCGCUCGCAUCGGAAGCUAGCACUGUCGAGGCAUUCCUUGGAAUCGAGGGCGAGGUGCGUAAGAACCACCCGCUCUAUCACGCCAAUCGCAUCGCCCAGAUCAACAACGCCCAACACUCGGCGCUGGAUGUUCAUGGCGACGACGUGGUCAAGGGCGAAGUCUCGCGUGCGGCUCGCAUGCCCGCCGACGUCGUCCCACUCAACUUUGCUCAGGUCCUCAUGGGACAGGACCAGCAUUCGCUCAACCCGCUUGCGCCAGGCCAGCUCCCCGGUGGCGCCCUGUUUGCCGAAAUGCUCCUCUGGCAUCUUAGAGACGCUCUCCUUCCUUAG